UCCGCCGCGGUGUUCUGUGGGAUACAGGCGGUGCUUGCCUCUUCGGCUGGGUGCGGAUCGCUGCUGCCGCCGCCGCUGAAGCGCAGGGCGAGUGAGGGGAAGGGACGAGAGCCGAGCGGGGCAUGAAGAUGGCGGACGCCAAGCAGAAGCGGAACGAGCAGCUGAAGCGCUGGAUCGGCUCCGAGACCGACCUGGAGCCGCCAGUUGUGAAGCGCAAGAAGACCAAGGUGAAGUUCGACGACGGGGCCGUCUUCCUGGCCGCCUGCUCGAGCGGCGACACCGAGGAGGUGCUGCGCCUGCUGGAGCGCGGCGCCGACAUCAACUACGCCAAUGUGGACGGACUCACCGCUCUGCACCAGGCCUGCAUAGAUGAUAAUGUAGAUAUGGUGAAAUUUCUGGUGGAAAAUGGAGCCAGUAUUAAUCAACCUGAUAAUGAAGGCUGGAUACCUCUACAUGCGGCUGCUUCCUGUGGAUAUCUUGAUAUAGCAGAAUAUUUAAUUAGUCAAGGAGCACAUGUAGGAGCUGUAAAUAGUGAAGGAGACACUCCAUUAGAUAUUGCUGAAGAAGAGGCGAUGGAAGAAUUGCUUCAAAAUGAAGUGAAUCGACAAGGAGUUGAUAUAGAGGCAGCUCGGAAAGAAGAAGAACGGAUAAUGCUUAGAGAUGCAAGGCAGUGGCUUAACAGUGGUCAUAUAAACGAUGUUCGACAUGCAAAAUCGGGUGGUACAGCACUUCAUGUAGCUGGUGCUAAAGGGUAUACAGAAGUCUUAAAGCUUUUAAUACAGGCUGGCUACGAUGUAAAUAUAAAAGAUUACGAUGGCUGGACGCCUCUUCAUGCAGCUGCUCAUUGGGGUAAAGAGGAAGCAUGUCGAAUAUUAGUGGAAAACCUGUGUGAUAUGGAGGCUGUCAAUAAAGUGGGUCAAACAGCAUUUGAUGUAGCAGAUGAAGACAUUUUAGGAUAUUUAGAAGAACUGCAAAAGAAACAAAACAUGCUUCAUAGUGAAAAAAAGGAAAAGAAAUCACCACUAAUUGAGUCUACAGCCAACAUGGACAAUAAUCAGACUCAAAAGCCUUUUAAAAAUAAAGAGACUUUGAUCAUUGAACAAGAGAAGAAUGCAUCUAACAUUGAAUCUUUAGAACAAGAAAAAGCGGAUGAAGAGGACGAAGGAAAGAAAGAUGAGUCCAGUUGCUCCAGCGAAGAGGAUGAGGAGGAAGACUCAGAAUCUGAAGCAGAAACAGACAAGAACAAACCUGCAACAAAUAAUUCCAAUGUUAUCAGUGUGCAGAACGCUCCCAUAGCUGUGACUACACCUUCUGUUACUACUGGUCAAGUGACACCUACAUCCCCCAUUAAAAAGUUUCCGACUUCAUCUAAAGUUUCUCCCAAAGAAGAUGAGAGAAAAGAUGAGUCUCCUGCAUCUUGGAGAUUAGGUCUUCGAAAGACUGGCAGUUAUGGGGCACUUGCUGAGAUUACAGCUGGCAAAGAAACUCAGAAAGAAAAGGAUUCAACAGGUGUUAUGCGGUCAGCUUCAAGCCCUAGAUUAUCAUCUUCAUUAGACAACAAAGACAAGGAAAAGGACACAAAAGGGACCAGACUUGCAUAUGUUGCACCCACAAUUCCAAGACGAUUGGCUAGUACAUCUGACAUUGAAGAGAAGGAAAACAGGGAUACAUCAGCCAGCCUAAUACGGGGUACUGGUUCUUAUACAAGAAGAAAAUGGGAAGAAGAUUCAAAGAAAAAUAUCUCAAAUGAAGUAUCUGUGCCACUAAAUACAAGCUAUCAAAGAAGUGGUUCCUUUGGUAGAAGACAAGAUGACUUGAUUAGUUCUAGUAUUCCAAGUAUUACUUCAGUAUCAACAGUUACCUCCCCAGCUGGUCUUCAGAAAAGCCUGCUUUCCGCCACAAGCACUGCAACAAAAGUUACAAUGGGGUCAGCAACAGCAGGAAUACCAAGCAGUACCUCAAAUCGUUCAUGGGCUGAGGAUAGUACUGAGAGAGACAAAGACAAUGUUCCUACAGCAGUGACCGUUCCUGUUGCUCCGUCAGUUAUAAAUACUGCGACCACUACCACAGCCUUGACUACAACUACUUCUGGCACUGUGUCCUCAACUUCAGAGGUCAGGGAGAGACGCAGAUCAUACCUCACUCCAGUUCGGGAUGAAGAAUCUGAAUCCCAAAGAAAAGCUAGAUCAAGACAAGCAAGGCAGUCCAGAAGAUCCACACAGGGUGUAACACUGACUGAUCUUCAGGAAGCUGAAAAAACUAUUGGUAGAAGUCGGGCUACCCGACCUAGAGAACAAGAGAAUGAAGAAAAAGAAAAGGAGGAAAAAGAAAAACAAGACAAGGAAAAACAGGAAGAAAAAAAGGAAUUGGAAACGAAAGAUGAUGAUUAUAGGCAAAGAUACCCACGAACCAUUGAGGAGCCAUAUCAUCGUUAUAGAACUCCAUCUUCAACUACUUCAUCAACGCCUUCAAUCACCACCUCUUCAAGUUCGCUCUCUUCAAGCCAAUUAAACAGACCAAACAGCCUUUAUGAGCAUAAUCAACUUCUAAGCUAUUCCAGGAGUGGAACAAAGGAAAGUGAGAGGGAAGCUGGAAAGAAAGAAGAAGAAAAAGAGGAAGAUAAGUCACAGACCAAAUCAAUAAGGGAAAGAAGGCGGCCAAGAGAAAAACGAAGAUCAACUGGAGUUUCUUUUUGGACUCACACAAGUGAUGAAAAUGAGCAAGAGCAUCAGUCUGACUCAGAGGAGGGAACAAAUAAAAAAGAAGCACAGGGUGAAAGCUUUUCAAGAUACGACACAGGAUCAUCAGGGGACCGUUAUGAUUCAGUUCUUGGACGGACUGGAUACAGUUACUUAGAAGACCGCAGAUCAUAUUCCAGUAAGCUAGAUAAAGAAGAUACAACGGAUUUCAAAAAGAGACAAGAAAGAUUUGCUGACAGGUCUCUGCUAGAAAUGGAAAAAAGGGAACGAAGAGCUCUAGAAAGGCGAAUAUCUGAAAUGGAAGAGGAACUCAAAAUGCUACCUGACCUGAAGGCAGAUAACCAGAGGCUAAAAGAUGAAAAUGGGGCCUUGAUCAGAGUUAUAAGCAAGCUUUCCAAAUAAAAGCCGUUUAUUCCAGCUGCAAAUCAUGGGAUUGCACAUAAUUAGUAACUCCAGUGGACCAUAGCAUGGCAGUCACUGGAAGCCUGGGAAGAUUUCUUGGAGACUGUCAUUUUCAGAUAUCCUGCCAAAUGCCCUCUUUAUCUGGGUGUUUUAUUUUUUACAAAGAUCAUUGUUUCAUGUGUUAAAGCAGCUGCUGAGAAGACAUAAUGACUGAGAAAUCUUGUUUACAGCUAAUGCAUAUAAGGAAAGUGUUCAAGGCCACAUAAGCCUCAGAUAUUUAACCAGUAAGCCUUAGUUGUACAUAUAAACACUUGCAUAAAAAGAAAAGCUUUCUGCUAUCACAGACAGUUACUUUAUUUUGUUGUUGUGUCAUGGUUCCUGGUUUUUUUUUCUAUCCUGCAUUUUUUUCUUUUACAUCUAAGUUUGGAAUUGUGUGUGUUCCCUUCUAAUUAUUUGUGUACCAGAUUUUUUCCCUUGUACAGCAUUUUCACAGCUUUACAUUUACAGAGACCACAUCCCUUUAAAAAUACAACUUGUGUAGCUAACUAAACCUGUAUUGUCCAGCUGGCCAGCCCGAAACCGAGGUUUGGUGGAACAGUUGCUUUCACUGUUGUGCAAUAUGCAUUUAUUUCCUAUAAAAAGAUGCUUUAAAAGUCAGUUGAAAGUAGAUUGGUUAUUUUAAGACUCCUGUUUUCUGCCUUUAUUGGUCACUUUUUUAAAAAAGAAAAAGGUUUGUAGUGCAAGACUUUAGAUCCUUUAGAUCCACAUUCAUUUUAGCAGGUACUGAGUGAUGCUGUAUAUAUUAAUGAGUAUUGUUUGGAUUUUUCAGACCACCACAUGACAUGCUUGAAUAUAUUUCCCUAUUACAAAUAUGUGUUACAGCGAGUUAGACUGCUCCAGAAUAGUGUUCAAUGCAGUCCAUUAACUUUUGCAAGCUUAAAGAAUUUAGAAACUGUACAUUGUAAUGAAGCCACUCUUUUAAAAGUUUAAACUAUAAAAAUAUUUUUGUUUUCUUCCCAUUUUUCAUUUGAUUAACGUUCACCCAUAAUAACUUCACCAAAUUUCACAUAUCUGUGUUUGAGUGCUGUCCAAAAUUGUUGUGCUAGCCAAAGUAAUCUAAGUCAUUUUGAAAGACCUAACCCGUUAUUCAUUUAUAUGCACUGUUAUUGCCAUUUGAAGGCAUCUAAGUUGAUUCCACCAUUAUGUCAAACUAUUUUUUACAUUUCAGUGGCCUUUUUAAAAGUACUUCAGUGAAGAUAGCUUUUGUUAUAAAACAAAGAGCUUUUAUAUUUUCACUCAGUCCUAAUAAAUAGAACCAUCUUAACUGGCCUACAAACUAUUGCCUAAAAACCACUGAAAAAAUCAGCCAUUAAAAUAAAUUGUACAUUGUACAGCUUGUAGUAGCUAUUGUAUUAUUGAUUAUAUUGUAUACUAUAUUAAAUGUGAAUUUGUACCCCUUCAUUUUAAAAGGUCAUUGUGUUCUACUGCCUACUUCUUGGGGCUUGGAAUUGCUUCAUUUGGGGGUGGGCAAGGGAAAGAAUAUUUGGGUUAAAGAGGACACAAGUCUCUUCAGGGUUGGGUGUUUUUUGGGGGUGGGAGGGAGGUUUUUUGAAGAUGUAAGGUUUUGCUUUUACUACCAAGCUCAGGAUUAUUGAUUUUAAAGGUACAAGGAUAGUUCUUGGAUAUCUUGUUACAGUUGGUCUGAAUGAGUAACAAGUUUGAAGAUGGACAUCUUUUGUGGUCUUAAGCUAAUACAAGAUAAAUAAGAGAAUUGAUCCAUCUGAGCGGCUGCAACAUGCUAUGUAGUGUUGUUGAAAAAUUAGGCAUACUGUGGAUUAUAUUUGGUAAAGUUUUGAAUGCCUGUGAAUGAUUAAUGUGUAUCUAAUAUUUUAGUGUUUUAUAUAUAGGUUAUUUAUUCUUUAAAAACUGAAUGGCUACUGUGUUUCAUUGAGUUAUUGGUAGUAUUGAGCAGACCUUGCAUCUGCAUGAAACUACUUGCAAACCCCACUAUUUUGCAAACAAAAAAUGUAUUUUGACAUAUACAAAUAAAAUGAAUAAAACUUUUAAA